AGCCCUCCGCCAAAGUGGAACGUUGCGCACUAGAUGGGGGCACCAUCAUCACAUGAGAUGAGGUGGUGACGGGCAGUUUCAGGAUAUCAGAUGCACAGCCGUAUGCCGUCGAUACGGAUACGGACCACGCACAGCCUGGCAAGAAAUGGAGGACUCUGUCCGGGAUGGGGCCGCCUUCUCUGUCCGCCCUGCGACAUCAACAUUAUUUAUAUUCGGCCCUUUUUACGACAGCUUGUAUAGGCGGAAAUGCCUAAUAACUGCCACUUUCUCUCUAAUUUAUGGCCAACUGAUGGCAGAAUGACGGCAAGAUCUCAAUUGAUAGGAUGGAAUAUGCAAGAACAGACGGGAAGACGAGAAUUGAGAAUUAUGAUGGAGAGAGCUU